AUGGGACUCGACAGCCCGGUCCACAUGCAGGCGCUGCACACCAGGGGCAAGUCGACCAUCAGUUCGUUUACUGGCGGCAAGAAACUUCCGUACGUAUUGGCCGAGGCAAAGUCCGAACAACCCGUCAUUCCGUCGCCCGACCUUUUCUCCGAUUUCCCAGACCACAAGGCCACGGGGUUCAGACUGCCGACCAUCUCCGAGUGCGCCGCCCACUUGGAACUCUUGGAGACCUUCUAUGUCCUCCGUCAACGGAUCCUUCGGAGUCAGAAGAUAGACGGCGCCAUGGGCAUUGUUCCCGAGAGGGAAACCAAGACGGGCGUCAACUAUGACAAGAAAACAUUGAAAGAUCCCAAGCUGUGGGAGAAGCGGCAGAAAAAGUGGCCUGCAUUUGUUGAGUUUGCUGUCAUCCGGUUUUUGGUCUGGCGCAGGACUCUCCAGACUUUACAAGAGAGACAACCAGGCGAGACAGGGGGGACAACCAGAGAGUUCUACCUGCCGCCGGUGGACGUGCUGAUGGUAUGGCACGCGCUUAUGCUGAACCCGCUUCUCUUUUUCAAGCAUUUCCACGGGAAACCGCUCUACAAUAUGGCCAUGCCGUGGAGGAAAGUUGCCGAGCUGAUCGAUUCCAACGCUUGGGUCCUGACCCUGCCAGAGACCGCCAGCGCAAAGUUUGAAAGCGACACAGCCCUGUCAACCGACCUGUUUGCGUUUCUGGAGCGGUGGCCCCCAGUCCCGGAUCUAAAUACCGGCACAGACAGUACCAAGCCAAACAAUGAAAGGCCCCUUGCCGUACCAGUUCCCCGGGCAACAGCGAUGAAACUCGCGGUUGAUGCGAACGCCCCGGCAGCCGACCCCCAGUUCACCAUUGAGGGCCACCCGGAGAUACAAAAGUACUUUGACGAAUUCAAACGUGCAUCGGAAACCGACCUGGCUGCACAACUUCGAGAUGCAGUCAUUCGUCAGACAAGCUUCAUCGACAAGAUGAACAACCGCCUGUGGAUCCGCUCUCCCUUCGUGUCAUCGACUCUCCGUCGCGGUAUAGGCCGCUACGAGAAGUUUCUGGAGCUGAUGAGAGUCUAUCCCGGCAGGAUGUUUGUCCCCACGCUCGACAUCGACCUGGCCUGGCACACGCACCAGUGUCAAGGCUCCUUGUACGCAAAGGGCACGAUAAAAAUGGGUGUGCGGGUGUUGGGACUGUGA